GCGACCCGUCCCCCACGUACUUCCAGAACUACACAGACCCGAGACAAGGAGCAUCGUUUCCUGCUUCCCGUAAAUUCAUGAUACUGGAUGGAGAGCGCAUGCUCCCGAGUGCAGCGCAUGCCGUCAUCUCGUGGAUUACACACACCUGUCACUGGCACCACACCAAACGCUCCAUUCUGAGUGCGGUCGGCGCGUUAGACCAAGAUGGCCGACACAAAACGUCUGGCCUUUUCGAUAAUUCAGUUCCUCCACACUGAGCUGGGCUCCGGGAACCUGUCUGCGGACGCGCAGGAGAGCUUAGAAGUGGCUGUGCAGUGCCUGGAGACGGCGUUCGGUGUGUCUGCCGACGACCGGGCCCUGGCGGUCGCCGAGACUCUGCCGGAGAUAUUCGCGUCUGCCACACUCCAGACUCCGGAUGCAGAGACUGAGACCCCCCAGGUAGAGGCAGACCCCCUCCGACACGAGCCAACCCAGGAAGAGCUGGCACGAGCUGAGAAACUCAAAUCAGAGGGUAAUGAAGAGAUGAAGCAGGAGAACUUUGGUGCAGCGGUGGGCUUCUACUCCAGAGCCAUAAAGAUAAACCCGGAGAACGCCGUUUACUUCUGUAACCGGGCCGCAGCGUACAGCAAAAUGGGCAACUACGCCGGCGCGGUGACGGACUGUGAGCGCGCCAUCGUCAUCGACCCCACCUACAGCAAGGCCUACGGCAGGAUGGGGCUGGCUCUGGCCAGCUUGAACAGACAUGCGGAGGCGGUGGGGUACUACAGGAGAGCGCUGGAGCUGGACCCAGAGAACGACACCUACAGAUCCAACCUGAAGAUCGCCGAGCAGAAGAUGAAGGAGACGCCGAGCCCAACAGGAGGAGUUGACCUAGCUGGAUUCCUAAGUAACCCAAACUUCAUGAGCAUGGCAGCUAAUCUAAUGAACAACCCUCAAGUUCAGCAGAUGAUGUCUGGAAUGAUGUCCGGAAUGUACAGCUCCCAGGGAAGUGGCGCCACCCCUGGAACGCCGGGAUCAAACGACCUUUCCGGCCUCAUCCAAGCGGGGCAGGAUUUCGCGCAGCAGAUGCAGCAGCAGAACCCCGAGCUCAUCGAGGAGCUGAGGAGUCACAUCCGCAGCCGCCCCCCCAGCGCCAGCCAGGAGGAGCAGUGACCCCGCCCCUGUGAGUUUGAUGUGAAGACAGGCUGUCCUCAGCCAUCUUAAUCACUUUUUGGAACUGUGAAGAAAGGGGUUUUACAUGAACAGGGAGACGGGUUUUUUGUUUGUUUUUUUUGGUUUGGAAAAAAAUGACUUGCAUGUCUGGUCCAGUUGUUUUUUUCUUACCCAUCAUCUAAAUACAAA